CAGAGCGUGAAUUAGUCGUGACACUAUAUAUUAAAAAUGGUUUCAUAUAUUGGAAAUGUAAUUCUAAAAGAACAGUGUGAAAUUUAGAAACUAAAAACAAUGUGAAAUGCAUAAUUAAAUUAAAGUUCUGACUCUCCCCAGGGUCUGCUGUCCAACCAUGUCCAAGGGUUGAAGAAAAUGAUAAAUAAAAUACAAAACCAGUAUUGCAAUAUUCUUGAACCAAUUAUUAUGUAAUCAGAUUUCUAGAAAAUUCUGUUUUCAUUAAGUUUUCAUUAAACAUUCUUAAUGUUAAUAUCUUUUAAUGUUUAAAUUAUAUUUCUACUGACGUUGAACAAUAUUAAGCAAUUAAAGAAUAUUUUUUAUAAAUUUUUAUUAUUUCUAUUGAAUGAUGUUAGAUAACAAAAAUGUGUUGGAGGUUAAUGUGGGUUAAUGUUUCAUGUUGGACAAUGGAAAAAGAUUCAACAUUUUAAAUUACAUACAUAAUAGUUGCAAUCGUGUCGAACGAAAAAUGGCCGCAAACGUAAGAACAGAAAUGCGAAUUCCUACACGUUCUGCUCCUCGUCCACCUGUCAAUUCAACAGCACAAAGAAAUGUUAUGUGGAAUAGCACAAAUGAUGUUUACGGUUCUAUGCAACAAUCCAUUCAAAAGAAGAAACCACCUCCUCGACCACCACCACCAAAGUUUAAUCAAAAUCACUUACAAAUACAGAAGGAUAAAUCAAAGAAACCAGCAAAACCAACAGAACUAUUGAGUAAUCUUUUUGGAAGGAAAAGAAGUGAACAUUUAAGUACAACACAAUUGAAUAGCCAAAUACAAAGUGCAAUAUCACAAUCUGAACAUACAAAUGGAUCAGUUUGUCUAAUAGAUUUUAGUCCACCUGGUUCUCCAACUUUUACAACUCGAUCAAGUAGCGACGGUGUUAGCAUUGAUAGUUUUGGCAGUGAUGGUAAUUCAAAUCCAUCUGUAUUUACAAGUAGUGGAAAUACAUCUCAAACAGAAAGUGCCUUUGAAGAUGAUUUUGAUGUGUUUGGAAUAUCUGCUAAGAAAAUGCCAAAAAAUGACCCUUGGCAAAUUAAUUCGAUGUCAGAUCCAUUUGGACCAUUAGAAGUAACUAAUUACAAUACAGUUGAACCUGUAAAAUCCAUAGGAGAUGCACAGUUCUUUGCUUUCAAUACAAAUAAUCAAAUGUCUUUUAAUCAGACAUGUUCAAAAAUUACUCAGUCAUUGCCUACUAUUAUUCGUGCAAAAGUACCCAAACCACCAGCACCAAAAAUUUCACAAAAAAGAGUAGAGAAUAAAAUUAAUCGUACAAUUGAGAUAGAGUCCAAUUGUUUUAAUAAAACAGCAGGGCCAUUUACAAAACCAAUAACAUUAGAUUUAACUAAUUCAUGGCCGAACGAGCCUAAAGAUAAUUCUUCUCCACCAAUGCCCACAAUACCACCACCUGCACCACCACCAGAGUAUUUAACAGAAACAAACGAUCUUUCAAUGAUCAGUGAAGAACCUUAUGGCAUUGCUCUUUAUGACUUUCCUGUAACGCACGAAGAUGAUUUAUCUUUUAACGAAGGUGAUAAAAUAUAUUUGAUUAAAAAAGUUAAUGAUGAUUGGAUGGAAGGCAGGAUAGGAAACCGAAAAGGAAUAUUUCCUAUUAAUUUCAUUGAUAUAAGAGUUCCACUGCCUGGUGUUCCAGAUAAUGUAGUUGUUGCUGUCUAUUCCUUUAAAGGGGAAACAAUAGAAGAUUUAAAGUUUAAUGAAGGUGAUAAAAUCACAGUUUUAUCAAGGAUAUCACAAGAUUGGUUGUACGGUGAAUGUAAAGGUCGGAAAGGGCAGUUUCCAGCAAAUUAUGUGAACAGAAUCCCAUGUAAUAUUCCAUCAUUCAAUUAAUCUGUAUGUAUAUGUUAUAAAUCAAUAGUUUCACAA